AUGGAUCCCGGCGGCACGCAGAUCACGAUGCGCGAGGCUAUGGUCUCGUCGAGCGAGCUGCCGGGCAGCAACCUCGGCCUCGUGCUGAUUGCGGUGAGCCAGGUGUGCUACUCGUGCAUGAACCUCGUCGUCGUGCUGCUCGACGAGCGCGAGGGCAAGAAUGCGCCCGGUAAGGGCCCUGGAGGCGAGCCGGCGAUGGGCGCACUGCAGAUUGUCGCCGCCGAGUGCUUCGUCAUCUGGCUGGCGUGCACGGCCCUGAUGCUGUACGCGCGCACGGAGCACAUCAUCAUGGGUCCGCCCGGCGUGCGUGGCGUGCUGCUGGCGCGCGGCAUCUGCGGCUGGCUCUCGACGCUGCUGCUCUACGUCUCGCUCGAGAUGCUGCCCAUUGCCGAGAUGACGUCGAUCUCCUUCCUUGCGCCGCUCGUCACUGGCGUGCUGGCGGCCAUCACCAUUGGCGAGCCGUUCACGCUGCGCGAGAAGAUUGCGGGCGUGUCGAGUCUCUUUGGCGUGACGCUCAUCGCGCGUCCUGCCUUCCUCUUCGGCCGCGGAGAGGAGAGUGACGUGCCGUCGGCGCCUGGCGACACGCCGCCCAUUGACGGCAUCCCCGAGCUGCCGCUGCCCGAUGUCGGCGGCCUCGACGAGCACUCGCUCGGCGUCAUCAUCGCGCUGGUGGCUGUGCUGUUCAUUGCUGGCGCCUGGGUGUCGCUGCGCGCUAUCGGGCAUCGUGCCUCAACGUACCACUCGAUCGCGUACUUCUCCGGCGUCAGCUGGGUCGCCUCGCUGCUCACGAUGGCCGCGCUGCGCGAGCCGCUCGUGGUGCCGCAGUCGCCGCUCUCGAUCUUCCUGCUCUCGGGCAUCGGCCUCUUCUCGCUCUGCGCGCAGGUGUUCCAGACGCUGGGCCUGCAGCGCGAAAAGGCCGGCCGUGCGGCGGUGAUGAGCUACCUGCAAAUCCUCUUCGCCACCUUCUUCCAGGUGGUGCUGCUGGGCACGCCGCUCGAGGCGCUGAGCAUCCUCGGCAGCGUGCUCAUCCUCGCCAACGGCGCCUGGGUGGCCAGUGCCAAGGCCAACGACGACGACGCCGUCGCCGUGCACUGA